AUGACGGACAAGUACCCCACACCCGACGAACUUCUGCCCCUUACGGGCGACACUCCAAUCGUGACGGACAAGCCCACGAGAGAAUUGACGAUCGUAUUCGAGGUCACCAAAGAGAAAGGGGACGAGCUUGUCGCCAUUAUGAGCCGCCUGCAGUGCUACGUCGGUCACGUCGAGCACCCCGCCGUCGACCCCAAGCAAGAGGAGCGCCGAGUCGAACGCUUCGGUCAGGACCAGGCUACCCAGCACGCUCAAGAGAGCAAGCACGAGGCAGUCCAGCAGGCCAUCCACCCCGUCCACACCCAGGACAAGGCCCAGGGACACGUGCACGCUGACGACCUCGCUGACGACCUCGCUCAGGUACACGUUCACGACAAGGGACACGUCCGCGACCAGGGACAGGGCCGUGUGCCCAAACGCGACGAUGACGAAGACCACUUCUAG